UUGAUCACGUGACUUUUUUUUUCUCGCUACCAGGGUGUUGAUGGGAUGUUUACCAAGAAGGAAGGGAUCGGCAGUUCACGUAAUAAAUAUCGUUUAAUGUAUGUUUGUGGUGAACGACACCUAACUUUGUUAGCAGUAUCAGAAAGCUGGAGAAAAGACAUGGGGAGUGUUUUAAAAUGGUUUCUCUGAAUAAGUCCACACUGGCCCACAACAAUCCAACACAGGAGUGUGAUGAACAUGCCACUGCAUCAGAUCUCUGUCAUUCCAGCUCGGGAUGUAAACUCAAAGAUUGCCAUUAAUAAGCCGAGAGAGAAAGACAAAGAGAAAACGAAUGAAAAGUCUUUGGGCCAUUCUGCAAGCCGUUCUAGUAAUAUAUCCAAGAUAGUGGAGUGGACUGAUUGUUUGGACUAUGCUGCAAGUUUGACUCAAGUUUGUAGUUCUUACCAAGUGGAUGAGGCAGGAAGUCCUACCUCAGUGACUGCUCCACACAGUUUCUCUCGGACCUCUGUCACACCUUCAAAUCAAGAUAUUUGCAGGAUCUGUCACUGUGAAGGAGAUGAUGAAAACGCUCUGAUAACUCCUUGCCACUGUACUGGAAGUCUUCGUUUUGUACACCAGGCCUGCCUUCAGCAGUGGAUCAAAAGUUCUGACACUAGGUGCUGUGAGCUGUGCAAGUAUGAGUUCAUCAUGGAAACCAAAUUAAAACCAUUACAAAAAUGGGAGAAACUACAGAUGACAUCCAGUGAGAGAAGAAAGAUAAUGUGCUCUGUAACAUUCCAUGUUAUUGCUAUCACCUGUGUGGUAUGGUCAUUGUAUGUUCUGAUUGAUAGGACUGCUGAAGAAGUAAAGCACGGGCAGACAACUGGUAUUCUGGAAUGGCCAUUUUGGACUAAACUGGUAGUUGUGGCAAUUGGCUUCACUGGAGGACUUGUGUUCAUGUAUGUGCAAUGCAAAGUGUAUGCACAGUUAUGGAAAAAACUAAAGGCAUACAAUAGGGUAAUAUAUGUUCAGAAUUGUCCAGAAACUAGCAAAAAGAGCAUUUAUGAAAAACAUGCACUUAUUGAACCAAACUAUGAUAUCAAAGAAGCACUCCCAACCCAACAGUUUGAGACCAACUCCUGUUAUCCACCGACUGAAGAUUGUGGUGUAGAAGUUGUACCGGUUUGAUUCUUCAUGUGCUUUUUUGGAGCUGGCACAAGUCUUACUGUAAACUGCAUCUGAUGACAUCAGCCAACAGUUACAAAUGUGUGUGUUUUAACUUACACUGAUGGAAAUCUGUAUGUAAUUUUGUAACUUCAGAAUACAUGGUCUUUAUCAUUGCUAUUACUGCCACUAACAUCUGUAAGGGGGAUGCGGAAUUAAAACUGCGCUUUUUAAAUCA